GCCCCGGUGACGCAGCCGAUCGAUCGCCACCAUCCAGUCCCCCCUCCGGCUUCCAGAAGCUUCUCGACGACGCCAUGCGUCCGGCCAUCCUCGCCGCCCUCCUCCUUCUCCUCGCCGCCGCGGCCUCCCCGGCGGCCGCGCUCUACUCCGCCGGCUCCCCGGUCCUCCAGCUCAACCCCAACAACUUCAAGAAGGUGUUGAACGCGAACGGGGUGGUGCUGGUGGAGUUCUUCGCGCCGUGGUGCGGGCACUGCAAGCAGCUGACGCCGAUUUGGGAGAAGGCCGCCGGCGUCCUCAAGGGCGUCGCCACAGUCGCCGCGCUCGACGCCGACGCGCACAAGGAGCUUGCGCAGCAAUAUGGAAUACGGGGAUUCCCAACCAUAAAAGUAUUUCUCCCUGGCAAGCCGCCAGUGGAUUAUGAAGGAGCAAGAGAUGUAAAGCCCAUUGUAAAUUUUGCUCUGUCGCAGGUCAAAGGUCUUCUCAGAGAUAGGUUGGAUGGUAAGGCAUCAGGAGGUUCAAGUAGCAAAACCUCUGGUGGCUCAAGUGAGAAGAAAAACGAACCAAAUGAAUCAGUAGAAUUGAAUUCGAGUAACUUUGACGAACUCGUUAUCAAAAGCAAGGAUCUUUGGAUUGUCGAGUUCUUUGCACCAUGGUGUGGGCACUGCAAGAAAUUGGCUCCUGAAUGGAAAAGGGCUGCAAAGAACUUGAAGGGUCAAGUGAAACUAGGCCAUGUUGAUUGUGACUCUGAUAAGUCCUUGAUGAGCAAGUACAAGGUAGAAGGUUUUCCAACUAUUUUGGUAUUUGGUGCCGAUAAGGACAGCCCGUUCCCCUACCAGGGGGCUAGAGCUGCUUCUGCUAUCGAGUCCUUCGCGUUGGAGCAGCUGGAAGCGAACGCUGCACCACCUGAAGUUUCUGAGUUGACUAGCGCAGAUGUGAUGGAAGAGAAGUGUGCUUCUGCUGCCAUUUGCUUUGUGUCUUUCCUUCCAGACAUCCUGGACUCAAAGGCAGAAGGAAGAAACAAGUACCUUGAGCUGCUACUAUCUGUUGCUGAGAAAUUUAAGAAGAGUCCAUACAGUUUUGUCUGGGCAGGCGCCGGCAAGCAAGCUGAUCUGGAGAAGCAGGUCGGAGUCGGUGGCUAUGGCUAUCCAGCCAUGGUCGCUCUCAACGUGAAGAAAGGCGCAUACGCUCCGCUCCGUAGCGCCUUCGAGCUCGCCGAAAUCACCGAGUUUGUGAAGGAGGCAGGGCGCGGCGGAAAGGGCAACCUUCCUCUGGAGGGCGCCCCGACGGUGGUCCAGUCGGAACCAUGGGACGGCAAGGAUGGAGAGGUCAUCGAGGAGGACGAGUUCUCGCUCGAGGAGCUCAUGGCGGACAGCUCUGCGCCCAACGACGAGUUGUGAUUCUCGAACCAUGGUAGCGUUUAGAGGAACACUGAUGCUUCACUUGUUCUGAUGUGUACACUGUACAAUUUGGACGGGACACUUUUUGGAAUGCCUUUUCUUUAUCUCAAUGUUAGCAUUGUGGGAGAAAGCUCUGGUGUGCAAGGUGUGGGGGUGUCCUUGCCCCCGAAAUAAAACCAGUUCUGAGCUUA